AUAUCUACACAGACAUUGCAUUUAUACACGGAGAGAGAUCAGCGGUAGUAAAAAUUAGGUGCUCUCUCUCUCUCUCUUCAUUCUCACUCAUAUAUCAUCGGAUCUCUCUCCCUCGAUUUUCUCUCUCUCCGAUUGCGGAUGAACGAUCAUUGUGGUUAUUGAUUGAAGUCUUUGACAUUUGUGAGGAGUGAGAAGAUGGGGGCGUGCGUGUCGACGCCGGAGGGAUGCGUGGGGGGACGGUUACGGUCGUCAAAGAAGAAAGCCUCUCGGAAGCGUAAGAAAGGGAUGAUCAGGCGAAGAGCCUCGUCUCGAUUGUCUAAUAAUAACCUCGAGCUCGAUAACAAAUUUACCCAGCCGGAUCGAUCCUACAUCAACCCAACUUUUCACGGAAGUACAGAUGAGGCAUGGUUUGAUUCAGCUGUUAUACUCGACUCUGACUGUGAUGAAGAUUUCCAAAGUGUGCCGGAUGAUGUGCUAUCUCUAAAUGGCUUUGAAGGUGUGGCCAUAUCUAGUAUCAUUUCCAUUAGAGAAGCUAAUCAUGAAGCCUGUACAGUACAUUGCUCUUCCAAUGAUCAGCUACAGAGACAAGUGGACUCAUCAACAGGUAGUUAUGCACAAAACUCUGUCACUGAAGUUGCUAAAAACUCAAUGCCAUCGGAUGAGGCUGAUUCACAAUCAAAAUCGGCGGGACACAUAAAUGAAGAAAAUCAUUUAGUAUACCGUGAUGAGGUGUCCUCUGCAGUUGAAGGUGCUGGCAGGCAGGAUGGACUGUUAGAUAAUUGUGGAAUUCUUCCACACAACUGUCUGCCCUGUCUUAAUACAACUGUCCCCCCAGUUGAUAAGAGAAGAUCACUGAGCUCUAGUCCACCAAGUGCAAGGAAAAGGGCUGCUGGAAAACUUUCUUUCAAAUGGAGGGAUGGUCAUUCUAAUGCAGCUCUAUUAGCCUCAAAGAUGCUUCUGCAAAGACCAUUGGCAGGCUCUCAAGUGCCAUUUUGCCCAAUAGACAAGAAGAUGCUUGAUUCUUGGUCUCCUAUUGAGCCAUGUACUUUCAAAGUGCGGGGAGAGAACUAUUUUAGGGACAAAAAGAAGGAGUUGGCUCCUAAUUAUGCUGCAUAUUAUCCAUUUGGCGUUGACGUGUUCUUGUCGCCACGGAAAGUUAAUCAUGUUGCUAGGUUUGUGGAACUUCCUGUAAUUAAUUCUUCUGGGAUACUUCCCCCCAUCCUUGUUGUAAAUGCUCAGAUUCCGCUUUAUCCGGCUUCUCUUUUUCAAAGUGAAACUGACGGGGAAGGAAUCAAUAUUGUAUUAUACUUUAAGCUGUCUGACAGUUAUGCUAAGGAGCUUCCAUUGCAUUUUCAAGAAAAUAUCAGAAGAUUACUUGACGAUGAAGUAGAAAAAGUCAAAGGUUUUCCAAUGGAUACAAUUGUACCAUUCCGGGAAAGGUUGAAGAUAUUGGGUCGUGUUGUAAACGUGGACGACCUUCAUUUAAAUGCAGCAGAGAGGAAGCUUAUGCAUGCUUACAAUGAAAAACCUGUUCUUUCACGUCCUCAACAUGAAUUCUUCUUUGGAGAAAACUAUUUGGAGAUUGACUUGGAUAUGCAUAGAUUCAGUUACAUCUCUAGGAAAGGGUUCGAAACAUUCCUGGACAGGCUAAAGCUCUGCGUCUUGGAUUUUGGCCUCACAAUUCAGGGGAACAAAGCUGAAGAAUUGCCGGAGCAGAUUUUAUGUUGUAUACGUGUAAGUGGAAUUGAUUACAUGAACUAUCAGCAACUGGGAUUGAGUGAAGAGUCCCUUGAAUAAAGUUAACAAAACAAUGUAAGGCUGGAUACUAAUAUUUAAUAAUGAUGAUUCCUCCAGAAGCCUCUAUGUCA